AUGGCUUUUGGCGUCCUUGAAAGCAAUACUUCUGAGCAACCCUCUGGGACCGUCUUCCUUGAAGACUCUCAAGAUGGCAUGCACACAAUCUUAGUACCAUCACCCUCAAACUCACCCAAUGAUCCUCUCAACAUGUCCCGAAUCCGCAAGGAGCUAUACUUCUUGACCCUCCUCUUUGGUGCCUGCGUAACUGGCGCUCUUGGUCCUGUCCUUGUCCCAGCUUUCGGCAUCAUCUCACAAACCUUCCAAACACCACUCUCCAAUGUGGCCCUCCUCAAUGGAUCACUCAUCCUGGGCCUGGGCGUAAGCUCUUAUUUCUCGUCAGUCAUAUCAGAUCUCUGGGGUCGUAGGAUGAUCUUCAUCUUGACUUCGAUCUUGCUGGUAGUCUCCAACAUCUGGGCGGCUGUUUCGCAAGGUUACGAGUCGCUUCUGGCAGCUCGUGUAUUCCAAGGUUUGGCCAUGGGACCUUGCUUUUCUCUGGCUGGUACAUCUUGCGUGAACGACGUCUUCUUUCUUCACCAGAGAGGUCGAAGAGUCGGUCUAUGGAACUUUGCUGUCAUUGUCUCCGUCAAUAUCGCUCCUGUCAUCAGUGGAUAUCUCAUUGUUGACAUGGGUUGGCGAUGGGCUUUUUGGUUCCUUGCUGUUGCUUUCGCUGUGGGGUUGAUCAUGGUUGUUUUCUUCCUCCCUGAGACAAAAUGGGACAGGGACGAAGUAAUAUCGAGUGUUGCUGGAAAUGAAAAGACGUCCGAUGAAAAGGCUACACCCCAAGAUGUCGAGACCUCGGUCACUCCCCCAACAUGGAAGAAGAUCGUUGGAGUACAUCUCCAAUUCGCCAGCGCAAAAGAACUACUGCCCAGUCUUGUCAGCCCUGUUCUUAUGCUUCGACAUCCUGUUGUCAUUUGGGGUUGCAUCAUGUGGUCAAUCACCUUUACCUGGGUGAUUGUUCUUGGUACUGUAGCUGACCAAAUCUUUGGCGCUCCACCAUACAGCCUCGACCCAACUCAGGUCGGACUCGUCAUUGGUAUAGCUCCCCUUGUUGGAUCUGCUCUGGGAACAUUGACCUCUGGUUGGAUAUCUGAUCUUGCCGCUCACUACAUGUCCGCAUUCAAUGGCGGUCUGUACGAGCCUGAGUUCCGACUUGUUGUCAUUGUACCGUCUGCAAUCACCAUGGCUGUAGGAGCCUUUGGUCUUGGGGAUGCGAUUGAACACGCCAAAUCCACCAUGGCUUGUUGCAUCUUUCUGGCAUUGAUCAACUUUGGGGUCGGUGCAGGCUGUACAGGUAUCGUCACGUAUACCAAUGAUGUCUGUAUGGAUCGAGCAGGUAACGCAUUCGGUUUGGCAAUGCUUAUCAAAAGUUCUUUUGCGUUUGGCCUCACCUUUAUGCUCAACGAUUUCUAUGCCACAAAAGGACCGAUGGUAUUCUUUAGUACCUGGGGAGGUUUGACUUUGGGUAUCUGUCUGACCACUGUUCCACUAUAUGUAUUUGGAAAGCGAAUUCGAAGUUGGAUUGGUCAGCACUGA